AAUCAUAUCCAAAACAACAAAACACAUAAUUAUUGCAAAUGCAAAAUGGUGAGAGCUCCAUGUUGUGAGAAAAUGGGGUUGAAGAAAGGUCCAUGGACUCAAGAAGAAGAUAGAAUUCUCAUCAAUCACAUAAAUACUCAUGGUCAUUCCAAUUGGCGUGCUCUUCCAAAACAAGCUGGGUUGUUAAGGUGUGGAAAGAGUUGUAGAUUGAGAUGGGCAAAUUAUUUGAAGCCAGAUAUCAAACGGGGUAAUUUCACUAAAGAAGAAGAAGAUACAAUAAUCAAUUUGCAUCAAAUGUUGGGAAAUAGAUGGUCAACCAUAGCAGCGAGGUUACCGGGACGAACAGACAAUGAAAUAAAAAAUGUAUGGCACACCCACUUGAAGAAGAGGCUGCCACAAAACCAACAAGGUCACAACAACAUCCCAAAAAGAAAUAAGAAACAAACCAAUUUGGACUUUGAAGCCUCCAAAUCCGACCAAGAUAUCAAACAAGAACAAAACAAUCUUGAUGAUAAGCCACAAUGUUCUAGUGACAUGUCAUCCCAUAAUAAUAGUAGCAUUGCUACUACUAAUGAUAAUAAUAAUCUUGACAUGUCCAUAAAUAAUGAUAAAGAUGAUCUUGAUUCAUCAGAAAAUAAUCUUGCAUUGGAUGAGGAUUUUUGGUCAGAAGUUUUGUCAUCUGAUAAUUCUAGCAAUGAGACAAGUGGUGGUAUUAUGGACAUUGGUGCUGAUAAUUAUCAAUUUCAAGAUUCAUUCUCUUCAUUAGGGACUGAAGAAGGAGUGUUUAGUUCAAGUUCAUUGAGUUUAUGCCAAGAUAUGGACUUUUGGCAUGAUGUUUAUGCUAGAGCUGAGGAAAUUACCGAGUUACUUGAAUUGUGAUCAAUCUAAUUAUCAUUGUUAUUCUUAAAUUUUUGACUUGUAUUUUAUGUUCAUUCAAUGGGAUGAAAAUCAUUUCUUUGUUUCAUUGUUUAGACUUAAUUGAAUUGAAUUUUGGACGUGAUUUCAA